GUUAAAGACGCUUGUUUUAGAAGGAUCGCUGCGCACUUCGCUGGACUGAACGUGUGAGAUGAUGGACUGAAUUUGAUAUUUCUGAGUUUGAUUGAGUUUUGCUCUUCUGUGAGUCCGGAGUGAGAUGCUGCGCGUCGUGCGCGCGCCGUUCGGCGUCCUGUGCGUGUUCCUGUGGAGCUGCGGCGUGAACGCGUCUCAUGAGGAUUGUCCAGAGAAUAAGAUCCUGACCGUGGAGUAUCCGUGUACGAGAGCUGGAGGUCAGAGAGGUCUCUGUCUCAGGAGGAAGUGCUGUGAAGGCUUCAGGUUUGUGAUGGGGCAGUGUGUGCCAGAAAGUCUGGACGUGUGUGCCGGGUCUCCCUGUGAGCAGCAGUGCACUGAUAACUUCGGCCGUGUGCUGUGCACGUGUUUCGAGGGCUACCGCUUCGACCGAGAGCGACAGCGACAGCACCUGCAGCCGUACUGCAUCGAUGUGGACGAGUGUGAGGAGUCGAACAGCAGUGUUUGUGACCACGUGUGUGAAAACACUCCUGGAAGUUUCCACUGCCGCUGUAACGCUGGGUUCACACUGACCACAGAUCAGCGCUCCUGCACUCCCCAACACAACCUGAGCUCCUCCAGUAAGUCUGAGACUCAGAUGAGCUCUGGAUCGUGUUCUCUCAGCUGUCAGGACUUCAUCAACAUGAGGAGCAGCUUACUGCAGAUCAGACUCCUGCUGGAACACACACAGGGUUCAUCUACCAGUCUGGAUAAUAACAGCCACAAACCGGCUCAUGGGAAAAAUCCUGAGAUUCACACCAGCUCUGGACCACCAGGACCACCGGGACCUCCUGGUCUACCAGGUGACCCGGGUGAGCGAGGGGAGAAGGGAGAGCGAGGGCCGUCGGGACCCCAGGGGCCCAGAGGAAGCAUGGGUCCAAUGGGGCCAGAGCCGGAUCUUCAGCACAUAAAGACGGGCAGACGGGGACCGGUGGGACCGCCAGGAGCGCCUGGGAAAGACGGACAGAAGGGUGACAGAGGUGUUCCUGGACCCAGAGGAUCUCCAGGGCCUCCAGGGUCGUUUGACUUCCUGUUGCUGAUGAUGGCCGAUAUCCGUCAUGACAUCAUCGAGCUGCAGCAGCGAGUGUUUGGGAAGGGGCGUGGCCUUUCGGUGGACACGCCCGUUCUCUCCAGCGGAGAGGCGGAGCUUGAGGAGUGGGUGUCAGGAGAGGGAGAGCUGAUGCCGAACACAUGAUGCUGGAAUAACUGCUGUGUUACGCUUCAACCCAGACAAACCUGAGCAGGUAGAGUCCAGCAGCGGCUGCUUCAAAUGAGGAACAUGCGCUUUAUAAAAUCAUCGGUUCAGUUGACAUGCAUAAUGAUCGCUUCACCUGAGAUCCCUCGUCCAGUGAUGAAAAGACUGAGAAAACAAACGUGUGUCUGAGAAUGAACUGGAGCCGAGUAGAGAGCUGAAUAACAUACUGCAUACUCCUCUUUUUGCAGGGCACACUAUGUAUGGAACAUGAUGAUUGCACUCUGCAUUUACUCACUGUGUGAGAUGCUGUAUCCCACAAUGCAAAGCGCUCAACUUGACUUUCUAUUAACUGUGUGAUGAAAGAACCAAAAGAAAUCACAGCUAUGUCUCCUGACUCAUUAUUUCAUCAGACUGACUGAAGUUCUGACAA